GAAGGAGGCUUUGGCAGUGUGUACUGGGGCCAACUAUGGGAUGGAUCGCAAAUUGCGGUGAAAAGUUUGAAGUUUCAGAGCAACAUAACUGAAACAUUUACGGUUGAACUUGAAAUCUUGGCAAGAAUACGACACCAGAAUCUUCUCAGUCUUCGUGGCUACUGUGCAGAAGGACAGGAACGGUUAAUUGUGUAUGAAUAUAUGCAAAAUCUGAGUCUCCACUCUCAUCUUCACGGACAUCAUUCAUUCGAAUGCUCUCUGGAUUGGAAUCGUCGGAUGAAUAUCGCAAUUGGUUCCGCUGAAGGAAUUGCGUACCUUCACCACCAAGCAACACCACGUAUCAUCCACAGGGAUAUUAAAUCAAGCAAUGUGUUGCUAGAUUCUAAUUUCAAGGCCAGGGUUGCUGAUUUUGGGUUUGCUAAGUUGAUCCCUGAUGGGGCAACACAUGUGACUACAAAAGUUAUGGGAACUCGUGGCUACCUUGCACCAGAAUAUGCUAUGUUAGGUAAAGCAAACGAGAGUUGUGAUGUGUACAGUUUUGGUGUUCUUCUUCUAGAACUCGCUAGUGGCAUAAGACCAACCGAAAUGCUUGAUUCCACUGUGAGGAGAUCGAUAGUUGAUUGGGCAUUGCCAUUGGUUUGUGAGAAGAAAUUUAAUAAAAUUGCUGAUCCAAGACUAAAUGGUAACUAUGUGAAGGAAGAGCUUAAAAGAGUUGUUUUAGUUGCUCUUAUUUGUGCUCAGGAUCUACCUGAGAAGAGACCAUCCAUGCUUGAUGUGGUAGAACUACUCAAGGGAGAGUCUAAGGAUAAAUUUUCUGAUUUAGAGAACAGUGACAUGUUCAGAAGUCGUCUUGCUGCUGCUGGAACUUCAGAGGCUAAAGAUAGUUUAGACUACAUCUCAGAAGAAAAAGAAUUAGAACAUCCGCUGAGAAAGAAUGCUUCGUGUUUUUUUGCUAUUGUUGCAAUUUUCAAGUCAACACUCGAAGCCCUUUUUUAGAUUGGCUUGGGUAUGUUUGCUGCAUGUGUAAUUUGAUAGAACUUUUCGGAAUCAACAAGUUUGGAAAACGAUUUUUAACAAAUUUUAAACCAUGACUAUGUGCAACAGAACUUCUUCUAGUGUUGUUUCUUUC